CCUUAUGGCAAAAGACGAAAACUAACUAUUAAACUAUGUAGCUUCCAUAGUUACUAUCUGCAUGUGCUAAUGGUGACACGUAUAUUCUGAUGUUCCUGCGAGUUGUGCAUGACAUUGGCUCAUGAUGUUGGCUCAAUCACGAGGUUCAUCGUUGGAAUCGGAUUCUCCUAAUCUUACCAAAUAUCGUCCAAAGCCUUCAAAGGGUGAGAUAAACACAACAAAAAAGAGCUCAUCAUCUAAUCACUUUAUUCGGUUGAAAUUAUGCAAAGUUUCGAACAACCAUUUUGUGAUGUUACCAUAUCUCCAAAGUUCUGCUCCUCCAAAGUUGAAGGUUCAAGGGCAAUAUCGUCAAGUAUUUCCUACACAAAGAGCCAAUUUGUUUAUGGAGAAAGCUUGCUGCAACAGAUUCAGGCUAUAAGAUGGAUGGACUUAACAUAAGGAACAAAAAUUUACUCAGUUAUGCUAAAGAAAGAUUAUUACUUGAUACUCAUGUGAUGAGUAUCGUGGAGUAGGAGUUGAUCAUGGAAAAUUACCAUCAAACCCUAACGCUUUCGCUUCAAUGCUUCGAAACUCUCUCUCGAAUUGGAGAACAAAGGCAAACUAAAAACCAAGGAAAUUUAAAGCCAUAUUCAUAAAGUCAUUUUCUUUAAUCAAUUUGUCAAAAAAAAAUUUGUAGGGAAAGAAGGAAAUUUGGUUGAAGUUACCUGUGAAAAAAUCAGAAUUAGUUCCAAUUACCUGUGAAUGUCUUCUCUGUGAUUAAUCAGAGAGUUUUUGUUUGAUAUUUACGUUAAUUAAAAAAAUUGGGAUUGUGCAGGAAGGAUUUGAUCAUCAUGCAGAGAAAGGAUAUGUGAUGCUAACUUAUUGGAUACUAGAGGAGGAGCCUUGUAUGCUUCAUGCAAAUGCUUUCACAUCAAGUUGGUCUUGGAAGGCCUUGUCUUGAACCAAUAUAAAGAGGUAGAUAGAGCGUUUCUAGGGGUUAUAGCUCUCAGACAUGCACACAACGUUGCGUUUUAGAAAUCUGAUCUCUUCUUCAUCUCUAUGUUGAAGCCACUUUCUCAUAAGAUCAUCAUCGACAAUCUUGAGAUCAAACCCGCAAAGUGGAUGCCACUGGUGGAGUUUGUGGAGCACCAGAUGAUAAAAGGAGACAAAAUGUUUAAGCCUUCUCUCUACUACAACGUUGUUCAUGAUGAUGAUCCUUCACACUCCAAUUGUACAGCCGAUUUUUAUUAAUAAUCGUACCGAAUCAAAAGUUAAGUGGUUAGAUGUUGUGUAGAUAUACUUAUUCCCAUGUAAUGUAUCUUGUUAUUUGAACAUUCUGUUCAAAAAAAAAACGAACAUUCUCUCAAGUAUAGUAAAUACUAAAGAUAGUAAUAGCUCUUCUGCCAAAUCCAUGUCCCAUUUCAUAUUGUAUUUGCGAUUCCCACACAAACAUUAAUGAACAUUCUUUGGUUGAUUCCAUUUUUCACAGACCGGAUGAUCUUCAUCGUAUUCCAUUUCUGAAGGGAAAAUACAAUGCAACGUUAUGUAUAUAGUAGCUAGAUCAUCAAAUCCGAAAACUGAGCUGGAUAAAACUUGCAAAUGCGUUACGUCCAUGAGGAACUUGAGGACUUGUCAUUUAGGAGAAGUAUCCAGCAUGAAUGUAAGUAGAUUCCACCACACUGGUUUAUCUGUAUACAACUCCACAUAUAAUACCCGAUAGAAGAUACCUCCACUAGUAUAUGUAACAUAUAUGCAGUAUGAUCCAGCAUCAAUAGUACAAAGACAAUAUAAUAACAACAUAUACAAUGUAAUAAGAAAUUAAUCAAUGGUAGUGAGUCAGUGUAGAGAUAAUGGUGUGAACUUGUUGACAAAAUUGUGUUCUUGUUUCUUCUCAAGGCAACUAUCAUCUUCUCUGAGUUCACACUGCUGAUUUCUGUGUGUAAUUAGUAAUUAGUAUUGGAAAAUCUAAAUAAUUUCAGACAGUUGUUUGCUUAUGGAUUUGAUAUGGACAUAGAUGUUGUCUUAUAUCCUAAGGUUUAUUCUCGUUCACAUUCUGUAGCUAAUAUUAGUCAAAUGCUGGCCUUGGAUGACCAGUAAUUUAAUUUCAGCCACAAGUUUUAUUUGUAGAUUUCCACAUUUUGUAGGUUUGUUAUAAGGUCUCAAAAUUAUAAAGUUUAGUUAAAAGUUUUUAUGAUCUACUUAAUGUAGUAUAGUUUUUUUGGAUCUUAUAAUUACACAAUGCAUGAGUUCUAUAUAUAAGUAGAAUGCGACAUAUCUGAUCUCAUGAACUAAAACGUGAUGUUGACUUGAUAUACACUUAUUGUUUUUAUACAUGUGUAUACCAGCUAAUGUAAAUACAUUCAUUGCUGGCAUGUGUAUUGCAAUAGAUGGUCAACUGGUUUUCGACUUUUAGUUUACACCUAUAUAUUCCCAUCUCAAAAGUUCUUGGAUACAACAAAAACAUAAACAUAAACGCCAAUCGCAACUUUCAUGUUUUCUAUGGGGAAGAAGCGGUCUGGACUUGCGGUGGCGCUUGUAUUCUUAGUCUUGGUUCAAGUCUCUGUUUCAGUUCCGUUUAUAGUGCUUCAUGGAAUUGCAGCUUCUUGUUCUCAGGGUAAAGAAGCAAACUUCACGCAGCUUCUCACUAACCUCUCUGGCUCUCCUGGAUAUUGCAUAGAAGUUGGAAAUGGAAAACGUGAUUCAUGGUUCAUGCCACUUAUGAAACAAACGGAAAUAGUGUGUGAGAAGGUGAAACAAAUGAAAGAGUUGCGUAAAGGAUACAACAUUGUUGGAAGAUCUCAGGGGAAUCUAGUGGCUAGAGGCUUGAUAGAGUUCUGCCAUGGUGGACCUCCUGUUUUCAACUAUAUAUCUUUAGCAGGUCCUCAUGCUGGAAUCUCCUCUGUUCCUUUGUGUGGUAAUGGAUCAUUGUGUGAAAUAGCAGAUAAGCUGAUCAAGUCAGAAAUCUAUAGCGACUUCAUUCAAAAUCAUCUUGCUCCUAGUAAUUAUCUCAAAAUCCCUACUGAAAUAAACAAGUAUCUAGAAAAGUCUAAGUAUCUACCUAAGCUUAACAAUGAGAUACCAAACCAAAGAAACUCCACUUACAAAGAGCGUUUCACCAGUUUACACAACUUGGUUCUUGUCAAGUUUCAAGACGAUAAGGUUAUUGUUCCACAAGAUUCAUCUUGGUUCGGGUUUUAUCGGGAUGGUGCAUUCAAACCACUUCUCUCUGCCCAACAGACAAAGCUAUAUACAGAAGACUGGAUUGGUUUGAAAACAUUGGAUGAUGCUGGAAAAGUGAAGUUUGUUAGUGUAAAGGGUGCACACAUCAUAAUGGCUGAUCUCGAUGUUGUCAAAUACGUCGUGCCUGUCCUUCAUCGUGAUGAUUACAGAGUUUAA